UGUAGGGCCUACCCUUCUGUCGAGACCGCAAAGCAAAACAUGGUGCCAUCUUUACCUUAGGGAUAUAGCUUACUAGUUUAAUCUGUUAGCAUCAUUAGACUUUUGAAGAUUGUAGGAAACAUUGCGGAUAUUAUUAAUAGAGGAGAAUUCGAGAGAGAGUUAAUUUUAUAUAUUUCUGGAUAAUAUAAUUCCAUAUGUCACGGGUGACGUUCUACAUGUAUACAAUAACUCAUCUCUUGGCUUGGAUUUUACAAUGAGUUUACAGAAAGGUCAAAGUAUUUCUCAUAACGUAAGUAUCCAUCCACAAACUCCGAGGGCACAAUAUGUCCACCUACGAGGGCAACCACCUCAACAUCUUGGAAGAAGAGAUGAUUAUUUAGGGCAGGUCCCUUAUCCACAACCUCAACAAGGACUUCAUCAGUUCCCACCUGGAGCACUGUCACUAUCAAGUGGUCCUCCUCAUGACAUAGGUAAGCCUGGACCCCUACCACCACAAGGUGGACCAUCACAUGCACUUCCAUAUUUAUCAGGCCUGGGUCCAGGACCUCAUCAACCCCAGGGAGGCAUGCCAUCCCAAUUGACAGCAGAUAACACAGGACCACAAUUACAACAGGGUGGUCUUCAUCAACAUCAUGGGCAAAUCCAAAGACAAGCUCCUUUAGGGUUCUUUGUACCACACCAGUUACAAAAUAUGUCAAGGGCAAGUAUGAACCAGAUAAAUCCUACACCUCCAACUGCCCACAACCCAUCACCACAGUUUCAGCCACAACUGAGUUAUGUGUAUCAGCAGGCCCAGUCUUUACCUGGUAACAUUCUCCAACAAGCUUCUAUGCUUAUGCAUGGAUGUUCCAGGUCUCAACAGUACACUACAGCACCACAGUAUUCAAUGUCUCCAACGCAGCAGACUAUGUAUAUGACACCAGCAAGUCAACCUUACAGCUAUAACCAACAACCCCAACAACAAGUAUAUUAUCCUGUGGGACCUCCAAACAUGGCUGCUGUACCAAGAACAAUGCCUCACAUGGUCCAUAGUGGCAGUGGGACAACAGAAAAAAGAGAGAAGAAGAUCCUUGCUGUCGUUGAUCCAGUAACUGGUCAAGACAUAAUGCCAGAAAUUAUUAGUCAUUCCUGUUUAAAGGAGAGUACUACUCAAACAAAUGUUGUAGCUGCUCAGUUUGCUUCCCAAGUUGCUGCUCUUGUAACUGCUCCGAAAGAAAACACUCCACCUAAGGCAGAAACUGAAAGAUCAGAAAAAACACAGAUGCCAAAAGUGUUACCUCCAGUGAAUUCAAGUAAUGGACUGAAAACUAUACCUGCUGUUAUAGAAAGCAAAACCACACUCACUGAUAUCAACAGCGAGUGUGAUAUACGUGUUCCUGUCCAUUGUCACACUGAAGUUGCUAAUGUAAUUGCUAAUGGUGUCACUGCAGUUAUUCUAGAACCAGAAUCAGUAGUAGUGUUACAUAAAUUAAAUGAGAAUUGUGUACCAGAGACAAAUUUUAGUAGCAUUGUUCAUACUUCAAAAAAUUCCAUUAAAGUGAGCCAAGAACAGCCAAAUGAGAAUAACAGAAUAGCUGAUGAAGUGGAUAAAGAGGUAGUCAAUAUCAGUGAAGUUAUAAAUUCAUGCCCUUCUUUAUUAGAGAAAGAUAAUAUCCAAGUUUCUGUCUCUGUGGAAGAUGACUAUCCUGCUCUUCAAGAGGAACCCACAUCAACUAGUGGACCAACAGAUAUUGAAUCAAAUGAAAAUCAUGUGGAACAACAAGUGAAAAAGGAAGUUGUUGUAGAAGUAAAACAAAUAUCAGAUCUUGAGUUUCAAAAAGAAAGUCUCAAGCACAAUGGUGAAGUGACAAAACAUGACCUUCCUGAAGUAGGAAGAGUUGUUAAAGAAUUCAAAAAGCCACGAGGACAGAAGAGGAUGAAAGAACUUAAUAAGAAAGGUGAAAGCAAAGAAGGGGGAGACAUGGAUGCUUUCUUAGAUAAGGAACAGACUUCAACACCCCUGUCAUUGUCUCCAAAACCAGAUAUAGUUUUAGUUGAAUCCAGUUUUGAACCAUCUGUUAUUCCAAUCAGACCACUACAAGAUGAACUAUCUGAAGAACAACGAUUAGUAUUAGAAAACAACCAGGCCAAUAGAAGAGUUUCACAAGAGGUGCAAGAUGUUGGAGGAGCUAAAGUACAUAGGAGAAAUUUGUUAGAGGAACAAGUUGUGGAAAAGAAUCAAACAAAUUUGAGGGUUUUGCAAGAUCAAGUAACAGAAAAGAAUCUAGUCAAAAUGAGAGUUUCACAAGAGGAAGAAACUCCAGAUACGAAUCAAGCAAACAAGACAUUGCCUUCAAAAGAUCAAGUGAUUGAGAAAAAUCAAACAAGUGAAAGCUUGUUAGAAGAAGAAGAGGAAAUAGUUGAAAAUAUUUCAAUGGUUAAAGAGCUGCAUCUACAGGAAUCUUACAUAACAUUAAAGUAUGAUUAUUCAGCAAACCAGUGGAGUCCAUUGAAUCAAGAAGGUAAAAAGCAGUAUGACCGUGCCUUUCUCCUUCAACUUCAGUCUGAACCAAUGUCACUAAAGAAGCCACAAGGUCUUCCAAAUUUGGAAGUCAUUAAAGAUAAGGCCAAUCUUUCUAAACAAGUUGACAUGAGGAGGACUGUAAAUAUGAAUCAGUUUCGUAAUUACCAUUCAGAUAACCUUUUCCUGCCCCUUUACACGGGUAUCCAGCAAAGAAAUGGUCAAGGUGGAGGUGCAGGAAGGAGACAGAGCCAACACAACCGAGACAAAGGAAAGAAAAUUACAUCUUCAUUUAGUAAGGAUGUUAAACUUCAUGAAUCAGAAAAUGCAUGGAAACCUUCCUACAAAGCUCCAGAACCUGAAUCUCCUGAGGAGAAGAAAACUCGGGAGUUGUACAAGAAAGUGCAAGGGAUCCUAAACAAAUUAACCCCCCAGAAAUUCAAAACACUGGUUAGUCAAGUGAAAGAACUUCCUAUUGACAAUGAAGAACGAUUGAAGGGUGUUAUUAAUCUAGUCUUCAAAAAAGCCAUAGAAGAACCUAGCUUCAGUGUACCUUAUGCAAACAUGUGUAAAACUCUAGCUGUGAUGCAAGUGCCUGCAGCUGAAGGCUCAAAUGAAUGUGUCAAGUUUAGCAAGAUUUUAUUGACUAAAUGUCAGCAUGAAUUUGAAAAAGAUAUUUAUGAUGAAAUUCAAAAGGAGGAAAGACUGAAAGAGAUCGAAGAAGCAGAAUUGGAAGAAAAAAAAGGCUCUCUUACAGGAAGAGCUCGAAGAAGAAGAGAAGAAGGCUAAAAGGCGGUCACUAGGAAAUAUAAGAUUUGUUGGAGAACUCUUCAAGCUUCAGAUGUUGACGACGCAAAUUAUGCACAGUUGCAUAAAAAAACUUCUAUAUCAAGGAGAUGAAGAUUCUAUAGAAUGUUUAUGUCGUCUGUUAACAACAAUUGGCAAAGAACUAGAGAGAGACAAAAGCAAGAUGACAGAAACAUCAAUGGAAGCUUACUUUGUAGCUAUGAAAGAUAUAGUGGAGACACGCAAGACCAGCCCUCGGAUCAGGUUUAUGUUACAAGAUAUUAUUGAUCUUAGGCAG